AUGAUAGAGUUCAAUUGGAACCCAGUUACUGCACUGGAGGCCGUUCCAGAACGAGUGAUACGAAGAGCUACUGGACGUGGUGGAGAGAGCGACGCUAUUGGCUGGAGGCUUCUGAUGCCGAUUACGGACGAUGUUUUCUCGAACGGCCCUGGCAAUGACGACUUCAAUUAUGACAGGAUCUACAGAGAACAGAGAGAUAAGCACGGCCAUGAACAUUCCUCGCACGCUGUAAUCAUUGGCGUCAGUAUCGGUGCAGGAUUGCUAUUGGUUACGGUCUGCUUGACAUGGAAAGCUUGCAUGGAGUGGUGUCUGAGCUCCACCCGGCGAACACGUCAUCGAGCUUUUAUUGAGCGAUCAAACGAUGGCUGGAAAUGCGAAGUCUGCUAUCACGCAAACGAUUCAUCCCAGACGAGCUGUGUCUUGUGCGGAGCUACAACGGAAGAGAUCAAGGUGAUGUUCAGUCAGAAACAAAACGAUAGUGCAAGGGCACCACUGGAUAUUUCACUAAACGAAACUAGCGCGCGCUCCGUUUCGAACUACAUAUCCAUGACUUCCCCUCGCUCGGCUUUGACGCAGGGCCAAUCCCCGUUUUCGAGUGGAGGUGCAACUGACCGCCAAUUAGUUGCGCGUGAGCGUCACCAGUGGAAGCGCUGUGUUGGGAGGCGUCACGUUCGCUGGGUGUACAUUCUGUUUGAAGCACUUCCGGAGAAGAAGGCGUUGAAUAGUACCAUCAUAAAAGAACGCGAUUUCCGGGAAUGGCAAAAGCGGCAACCUCGGCGACCGCGCGAACUAUAUGAGAUAUCAUUGUCUUCCGAUAGCUGUACAGAUAGCAACGGACGGACAGUUUCUUGCUUAAGCCCCAGUGCUGCGUUCGUACGGGAAGAGUCGCCGACUGAAAGUAGCGCGGUUGGCUGGUGCCUUGCCGAGAAUUUCUCCGUGCCCUCGCGUCCAUACUCCCGGUUAAUGAUGCGCAUCGCGACCUUGACGUUUUCUGAAAAAGCACAGUGGUUUUACCGAUACUCGCUCAAGUUGUCGUCUUCGCUUGUUGGUGGCUUCUAUGUUAUUCGUGUUCAGCGCGACAGAGUGCUGGAGCAGUCGAUUGCCCUAUUUUCGACAGCGCCUCGUGCAACUCUGCAUCGUCGCCUUCGAGUUGAUUUUAUGAAUGAAGUCGGUGUGGACGGUGGUGGUAUUUUGCGGGAAUGGCUGCAUCUAGUUUGUAGUCAGCUUUUUACAGGAGAUUUGGGGCUGUUUUCACUCACUAGUUCGGCUACGCACCAAGGGUACUGGAUCAAUCGAACGGCUACAGAAAAGACCGCGGAGGAGUUGCAGACGUAUGUUUUCUUUGGAAAAUUGCUAGGAAAGAUUCUGAUGGAAGGCCUACUCCUGAACGUUCGGCUCUCGAUUCCGUUGUUGAAACACAUUCUCGGUGUACCGGUUAAGCUAUCUGACUUGUACCUCCUGGACGAAACAGUGCAUUCCAGUGUGAUGUGGAUUCUCGGAAACGACAACACCGCUGCAUUGGACUUGAACUUCACGAUUGAGGGUGCUGAACUCGUUCGGAGCGGCACUGACGUGUCUUUGCAUGAUGGAAAUAAGCAGCUUUACGUCACGAAAGUUGUGAAGUACUAUCUGUUUGAUAGCGUUCGAGUGGAAAUCUCAAAGAUCAUGGAGGGUCUUCGAAGCAUCAUCAGCGAUACGGUGCUUCACGUAUUUGACUUCAAAGAGCUCGACUUAUUACUCUCGGGGUUACCGCAGAUCGAUAUCGACGACUGGAGACAACACACAGAAAUUCGGUUUUAUGAGCAGAGCAGCCACGAACUUUUAGUGAUCGAAUGGUUCUGGGAAAUCCUUGAGUCUUUCACACAAGACCAACGAGGGCGAUUACUACAGUAUGUUACUGGCUCCAGUGGGGUUCCAGUGGAGGGGUUCCAGGGUCUAACUGGCAUGGACGGCGAAAUCCGUUUCUUCACCAUCCAGCUCGGGAACGACGUUUCAACCGUGUACACGGUACUGCCGCACGCUAGCACUUGUUUGAACAGACUAGAUAUACCGCUUUAUCCUUCAAAAGCAGAGCUUGAGCAGAAUUUGUCCAUGGUAAUAGAAAUGGACGUUACAGGGUUUAGUAGUCGCUGA